AUCCUAUAUGUAUUUAAAACUUGAAAAAGGAAGAAAUUUUUAAUUUCUAACCUAGAACUAAAAUAUUUUUUUGUUUUGGUACUUACGCCAUAAAAUGCUGGAAAGAAAUGCAAUGCACAUCAGUAUCUGUCAACUUUGCCGUGCCUCUUCUACACGAAAUUGUUACUAGAUGUGCGAAGCUCAUUCCAAAGGAUAGAAGGACAAUAUCGGAAUGCAAUUUGACCGUUAAAACUGGUAAAUUUAGCAAAUGCGAAGAUAAUCAAAUCAAAAGAAACUGGACCGAUUUUAUAAAGGAGCAUAAUUUAAGGGACGAGCCAUCACACUUUUUCAAUUUAGACUCCAAAGUAUUAAGCAAAGGUAACAGAAUAAAAUUCCUACAGCAUCUCGCACAAAACUUGCCUGAUAGAACAUUAUAUAGUGUUUACCAAAGGUUCAAGAGACUUUUUAAUAAACAACACUCAGGCAGGUUCACACCAGAUGAGGAUAAGUACAUCCUUUCGGCACUAAUUAAAUACCGUCAUGUUAAACACCACAUUCAGAAGAUCGCGCAGGAUUUGAAACGGACUAGAACUUCCGUUGAACAGAGGGUACUUUACUUGAAGCAUGAAUACAAACCAAGGGGUGUGUGGCGGAAUGACCAUAUAGAAAAGUUUAUUAAAAACUUGUUGAUGGUUACUCAAUGUCAAUAUACAGAAGAACUUAAACAGAGAACUUUGACCAGCAUAGAGUGGAAAACUUUAUCAGAAAAACUAGACAAUACACCCAUGAAGAUACUUCAAACUCUAUGGCAAGGCAAAAUAUACCCCAUGUUGUUUAUUAAAGAUGAUUUUUGCAACUUGAAUCAGAUUAAAGUUGAAAUUGUUACCAAGAUGUAUACUAAUCGAGAAGCAGAUUGGAAAACAGUGGAUUGGAAUUACUAUGCGUCACAAUUUCCAGGAUUUACUCCAUUAAAGAUAUACAUGUUACUAAAAAAAUUAGUUGUCAAACUUGUGCCUAAGGAAAAUCAAACGGAAUUGGAAGAUUGUCUGAAGAUCCUGCACGAAGCAUUUAAGCGUGGAGUAAAACUGAAAAAACACAAGAUAAACAAGAUAGUUUAUAAAGAUGGAAAAUUGUUGGAAAUGUAAAAAAAAUCUGGUUGUAUUACUAUUAUGUGAUAAGUACAUUUUCGUUAAAAUCAUUAACAUUAAAGUCAAACAUUAAA